AUGUCAUUACCUGGCGGCAUUCAAUUCCACUUCAAUGGCUACAUUGGAUCCGGAGACCCCAAAAUCCUCCAAUUCUCGGGCGAAGAACCAGACUUCCAGAAAAUACCCGCAGAAGUAGACGUUUUGAUUAUAGGAGCAGGUCCAGCAGGCCACUUACUCGGCGCCCAGCUCGCACAAUUUCCAGAUAUAACUACACGCAUCAUCGAAGCCAGACCGGGACGUCUGGAAUGGGGGCAAGCGGAUGGGUUGCAGUGUCGGACGAUCGAGAUCUUUGAGGCGUUUGGCUUCAGUGAGAGGGUUUUGAAAGAGGCGUAUUGGGUGAAUGAGACGACGUUUUGGUCGCCUGGUGAAGAUGGAUCGGGGUUGGUGAGGACGGGGAGGAUAAGGGAUACGGAGGAAGGGUUGAGUGAGUUUCCUCAUGUGAUUCUCAACCAAGCCCGGAUGCAGGAUUUAUGGCUUGAUGCUAUGAAGUGGUCGCCCACACGACUAGAGCCUUCGUAUAGUAGGAGGCUGGUGGAGCUUAAGCGUCCUAUAGGAGACGAGCUCGUAGAAGUCACACUGGAACGUACAGACGAUGCGCAGAAAGGUCAGCGGGAAAGCGUACGGGCGAAGUAUGUCGUCGGAUGUGAUGGAGCGCGGAGUCUCGUGCGCCAGUCUCUUGGUCUUGAGAUGCGAGGAGACUGGGCGAAUCAAGCUUGGGGCGUGAUGGACGCGCUUCUCGUCACAGACUUCCCAGAUGUCAGGCUCAAGACGGUCAUCCACAGCGCGAACGACGGCAGCAUCCAAAUCAUCCCCCGGGAAGGAGGAUACUUAGCGAGAUUCUAUAUCGAACUCGACAAAGUCUCCCCAGACUCUCGCGUAGAAUAUCGAAAGAACGUCACAGCAGAAAUGCUGGUGGAGCGAGCAAAACGUAUCUUCCAUCCCUACACUUUCGACGUAAAGGAAAUCGCAUACUGGUCCGUUUACGAAGUCGGCCAGCGCUUAACAGACCACUUCGACAACAUCCCAUCCGAACAAAAAUCCUCCCGCUGUCCAAGAAUCUUCAUCGCCGGCGACGCGUGCCAUACCCACUCCGCCAAAGCCGGCCAAGGCAUGAACGUCUCCAUGAACGACACCUUCAACCUCGGCUGGAAACUCAUGCACGUCCUACGAAACCUCUCACCCCCAGAACUCCUCCACACCUACUCGGAAGAACGGCAAACCAUCGCGCAACAACUCAUAACCUUCGACCGCGAAAUCGCCCGCAUCUUCGCCGCAAAACCCAAAAAAGGCGCCAAAAGCCACGAAGAAGGCGUCGUGGAUCCCGAAGUUUUUCAGAAAUAUUUCACCAGACAAGGGAGAUUCAUGGCUGGUUUGGAGACGGAAUAUCCCGAAGGAAAACUCAUCAUCAGCGCGGAAUCGAAACACAAAUACCAAAGUCUGGCUACGGGAUAUAAAAUCGGAACUCGAUUCCCUUCCGACCAAGUCUUGCGAGUCGCGGAUGCGAAACCGGUUCAUCUCGGUCAUGUCAUGGACGCGGAUGGGAGGUGGAGAAUCGUCAUCUUUGGCGAUAACCAACAUUCCUCGACAUCGCCAGACUCCCCUCUGGCGAAAUUCUGCGAAUUCCUGGAAUUUACGUUUAUACCCGCAUUCACGCCGGAAGGUCGAGAUGUGGAUUCGGUGUUUGAUGUUUCAUGA